AUGGGGGGCGUGCGGUGGAGCAGGGUUAAUGGCGUGGUGGGCGCCAUCGUCGCCCUCUUCUUCGGGCUGUAUUACAACUGCGCGUGUUGCGCGAUUCUACCUUGGCUCAGCUACUCGGUGCCGGGCGUAGUGAAUCUGGCGAUCCUAACAACGGCAACGUCGCUGUCCCUGGCCUUCUUCCUGAUGUGCGUCGUGGUGGACCCCGGAGGGGUGCCUGCAGACUGGCGGCCUGAUGAGGAGGACCCCACAGCGCUUGUUCAAGUCAAAAAGACGACAGGUGGAGUACGGUACUGCCAGAAAUGCAAGAAACAUAAGCCACCACGUGCCCACCACUGCAGAGUGUGCAAGCGAUGCAUUCUGAGAAUGGACCACCAUUGUCCAUGGAUCAACAACUGCGUCGGCCACCACAACUACAAGGCGUUCUUGCUGUUCCUCUUAUUGGCCAUCAUCGCCCUCAUCCAUAGUGGGACCGUCCUUGCAUUCCACCAGCGCCAUACGAUGCGGCUCAUCCAUGGUCGCCAGGACAAACCUCACCAAGGAGUGGAGCCCUUCAGUCUCUCAUCCUGGGGGGUGUUUAUCCAGGUAAUGGACAUGAAAAUUGAAUACCCAGUUGUGCAUUGCACUGUCCCGUUCAUCCACUGGUGGUACUGCUCUUGGCUCGUGGGGAUUGACAAAGGAUGCAGGGCAGAUGUCCCCAUGCACAAGUUGCUCCAUCUGAUGUAUUGA